GCCGCGUUGACGCGAGUGACAGCGUUUGGUUACUCGUCUCCAUAAGAGCGUGUCAGUGUGAUGCAUAUCUGUGCUGUCAGCCGCAGGAAAAGUGGAUCUUCCACUACAAGCCAACACCUCUUAUCUCCAUCCUGUCAUCCGUGCAGUAAAGCGGCUUCUUCCAGCUCCAUCUCUCUGACUGAUCUCAACAAUCCUCCAGCAGAUGUUCUUGCGCGUCCAGGAAAACUUGCUGCGACCGACAGAAUGAACGGUUACGGAUCCCCGUACCUCUACAUGGGGGCUCCGGUGUCCCAGCCCCGGGCUCCGCUGCAGAGGACACCCAAGUGCGCCCGGUGCCGAAACCACGGCGUCCUGUCGUGGCUCAAAGGACACAAGCGUUACUGCCGCUUCAAGGACUGCACCUGCGAGAAGUGCAUCCUCAUCAUCGAGCGGCAGCGCGUCAUGGCGGCGCAGGUGGCGCUCCGGAGGCAGCAGGCCAACGAGAGCCUGGAGAGCCUCAUCCCGGAGUCCCUCAGAGUGCUGCCGGGCAUCGGUACGAGCGGGGCCGGCGAGGGGAACCAGGGAGCCCCGCUGAGGACGGAGGAGCUGGAGAUAAGGUGGAGCGGCUCGGAGCCUCUGCAGGCCGGAGCGCAAACACGCACAGAAGCUGCAGAUGACGGCCCAGAGGAGGCUUCGGGAGGCGAGAACACCGGCAGCUCCAGUGAGAAGGAGCAGGACCCGGUCAGCUCUCCUGAGGGCUCCAAGCCAAACUCCUGCUACACCCCGGAGCCCUCAGAGACCGCCUCCCAGCCGGAGGAGAGCCGCUUCAGCCUCCUCAAAGCCAGCAACGCUGAGAAGGAGGCCAAAGCCGACAGUCCUCAGAGACACCCGUCCGGCUCAGGUGACCAGAACCUGCUGAUUGAAGGGCUCUCCGGCUCCAUCAACCUGCCGUUCAGCCUCAGGGCCAACAGGCCUCCGCUGGAGGUUCUCAAGAAGAUCUUCCCCACGCACAAGCCCCCGGUGCUGGAGCUCAUCCUGCGGGGAUGUGGGGGAGAUCUGGUCGGGGCCAUCGAGGUGCUGCUGUCCAGCCGGAAUCCGGAUGGAAGCCCGCAACCUCACGCAGAGCCUCACUCGGUUCCGGAGGGCCUGGUUCUGCCCUCAAAUGGACACCUGUUCGAGCACACGCUGGGCUCCUACCACCCAGUGUCCUCCUCUGCCAAAUGGUCGGUGGGCUCCGCAUUCCGUGUCCCGGACUCCCUCCGGUUCGGGUCAGACCCCACCUCGGGCGCGCUUGGUGUCCCCCUGCAGCACCCGUCCUUCCCGCAGCCUGCGCGCUACCCGCUCAUGCUGCGCAGCUCGCUGACGCGCAGCCAGAGCGGCCCCUUCGUGCACAACGACGUGACCCUUUGGAACACCGUGGCCCUGCAGCAGCAGUACCAGCUCCGUUCCGCCGCGCAGUACGUCUCUCCCUUCGGCCCGGCAGGCCCCGGCGCCUCGGUGUUCCGCAGCUCCCCCAUGGUCCCCUCCAGAUCCUCCGAGGAGCAGCGCAUCAGCAUCCAGGAGGAGAGCUGCACGCUGGGACCCAAAGCGGGCCACUACUCCCCGGAUGAGGAGUAUGAAAAACGCUCUGACUCCGCAGACUCCAGCAUCCUGAACUCUUCCACUUGAAAUAAGAGCGGCUGCUGGACGAUUAAAGAACCAAAAAUACGGGCCGCUGUGAACGGACACAGCGCGCAAAGCGCUGUUUGUGUUGUUGAAACUGUCUGAACAUUAACAAGAUGUCAGCGGACUUGACCAAAAAGGGAUGAAUGUACCAGACUGAGCUUUUUCCUGUGAGCAUGUUCAUGAUGUAAGGAUCAACACUGCAUGUCCAAAAUGCCAAAUAAAUCUGUUGUCGAAAUGGAUAAGCUUGUUUUCCUUAGUACCGCUGAAUUACGGU